UUCUAAAUCCUAUAAAUCUAAUGAAGAAAUAAAAUGUAUACACCUUCUCAGAAUUGGGGGCCACUGAAAAGAGGCCUUUCCCCUUCCAGGAAAUAGCAAGAGUAAAAGUUCUUUGUCAGAAAUAUUUGUUUGCAGACUUAUAAAAUCUUUGUAGAAGUUCUGUCAAUACAUUUCUGUACCAGAGAAUAUUUUAACACAUGUGUAGAAAAUAUCGUGGAUACAUACAUGCAUUGGAAAAGAAAUACUGGUAAGAAAAGAUAUCUGAGAAAGAGAGGAGAGAACAAAAGAAAAACAGCAGAGGCUUUAAAAGGAAUGGGUUAGGAAAGGAUACUAUAAAGGAAGAAUGGCUAUAUUUGGUAUGUGUAUUUACUGAUCUCUAUUUAUUUUAUUAGAUAAAAUGCAUCUCUAUCUGGACCAGAUUUAAGAAAAUGCUCAAUUUUACUGAUGUGACAGAAUUUAUUCUUUUGGGAUUAACUAGUCAUCCUGAAUUGCAACUCCUUUUCUUUGUGAUUUUCUUAAUGGUCUACAUUAUCACCCUGGUUGGGAACAUUGCCAUGGUCAUAUUAAUCAGGAUCAGUCCCCAGCUCAGCAGCCCCAUGUACUUUUUCCUCAGUCACUUGUCUUUUGCUGAUGUGUGGUUCUCCUCUAACAUCACCCCUAAAAUGUUGGAAAACUUGAUAUCCCAGACCAAAACCAUUUCCUACCCCGGUUGUAUAGUGCAAUGUUUCUUCUUCAUUGCCUUUGUCCACGUAGAAGUCUUCAUCCUUGCUGUGAUGGCCUUUGAUAGAUACAUGGCGAUGGGCAACCCUCUAUUAUACGGCAGCAGAAUGUCAAGGACUGUCUGUAUCCGACUGAUCUCGUUUCCUUAUAUAUAUGGCUUCUUUAUCAGUCUGAUCUCAACACUCUGGACUCAUGGUUUAUACUUCUGUGGGAACAUUGAGAUCAACCACUUCUACUGUGCAGACCCAGCUCUCAUCAAAAUGGCCUGUGCUGGGACCUUCAUUAAAGAAUACACCAUGCGCACUUUAGCUGGUCUCAACUUCUCUUAUUCCUUAUUGAUUAUUAUUGUCUCCUAUGUGUUUAUCCUGAUUGCCAUCUUAAAAAUGCAUUCAGCAGAAGGAAGAAAGAAAGCCUUCUCCACAUGUGGGUCCCACCUGACAGCUGUAACCAUAUUUUAUGGAACUCUCUUCUUCAUGUAUCUUAGAAGCCCAACUGAGGAGUCUGUGGAGCAGGGAAAAAUGGUGGCUGUGUUUUAUACCACAGUGAUUCCUAUGUUGAACCCCAUGAUCUGCAGUCUCAGGAACAAGGAUGUGAAGGAGGCUAUGAGCAAAGCAAUCAGUAGAACAUUUUUAAGUAAAUAAAACAGAAAUUUACAAUGUAUGAUGAGAUCCAUAGUCCAAUAGAAGGAAUGGAAGUUAACCAUUUCUUUCAGAUAAUUU